AUGCCGAGUGCAAAUAAAAAGAAGGACGGUUGCUACGAAAAAGCGAAUUCCAGGCUUCGGUCUUAUCAAUGUAACACUCAGAAAGGAUAUCAAACGAUGGAGUCGCGGCCUUUGCUUGACGAGAAGUUAGUGAUGAUGAUGGUAGAGGAUGAUGAAGUCGAGGGUGGAGUUGAAGUGAAGAAAAGAAGAAAGUGGUUGGUGAACACUUGCUGGAUGGCCAUUAGCUUUUCUACGGGCAUUUUACUUACCCUUUACCUGGUCAAAGGCAUCCCAAACCUUUCGUCCCAACCGCUUCAAAGGCGACAAACUUCAGAUAUAUACACAGGAAACACUAUUCUCGCCGCAGGCAACGACCUCUCCGUUUCCUCUCCACAAUGGCGCUGUGUCCCUCCUCCACCGGCUUUUCUACUCGAAGACCCUCGAGUCAUGCAGCAUCCCGCCAUAAAGUUUGCACUAGCUCAACUGGAGCUAACCUUAAAGGCAGACACAUUCUCCAGCAAAGAGGCAAUCUCAAUCAGUAUCGUUCAUUCCGCAAAGGGAAAGAUAUACGAAUUCCAUCAAGGAAGGAAGCGACUUAACGAAUCUGCAUCUGCAUCUCCUGCAAAAGUUAAUGGGAAUUCCAUUCAUAGAAUUGCAUCCAUUUCGAAGGUCUUUGCUGUCCUUGAAACACUGAUGUUAAGCAGACAAGCUCGGCUUGAGAAAUUCGUUCCUGAAAUAACACUAGAAUCAAGACUUCAAGAUGUCCUUCCGGAGUUCAAACUUCCCCAAGAAUUUAAGGAAGAGGCGGCAGAUAUUACUCUUGGGCAGUUAGGCAGUCAUAGGGCAGGAAUUGGGAGAGAUAUGGGAGAACUGGUGUUCAACAGCCCUCGUGAUAUCUUAUGGCCUCCCGUCCCGGGCCAGGAUACCUUUUUCGAAAGAUAUUAUCAGCAUAACACUUCUUCCCAGGAACUCCUUUGUACCGUCUCCAAGAAUGACUUGAUCUGGCAAGUUGGCCAGACUCCCAGCUACUCGAACACCGGCUUCUCAAUCCUAGGCCUGGCCACUGGGAACUAUCGCAAGAAACUAAAAAAGCAAAAUAAAUCAUGGGCCUCUUCUAUCAAAGAAGACAUAUUUGACCCCUUAGAGAUGGACCACACUUUUGCAGGGCCAAUCCCAAAAGGCCUACGCAAGGACAUCGUCACGCCAAAUUCCAGGAACAUGGUAGACCUAAUUGUUCCAGCUGUUCACGAUCCUGCGGGUGGCAUCUUUUCCACUACCAAUGACCUCGCCAAAUUAAUCCACAAAGUUCUCCUCUCCCGUUCUCCCCUUCUAAUCAGCAAUUCCCAGCGUCUAGACUGGCUUCGUUCGAUCCAUUACAACACCGAUGCAAUCACCAGCGUCGGGGUCCCCUGGGAAUCUUACCGGGCCAUAAUGCCUGACUACGCUGCUUAUAACAUCUAUUUCAAGGGUGGCGGUCUACCAGGCCAAUACUCCCAAAUCUCAGCAUUCCCAGAAUUCGGAUAUGGUGUUGCCGUAUUAACCAGCGUUGGAUCCACGGACUCAGAAUUAUUCGCUGGUGCUACCACAACAGAUCCUUUCGGCCUGUCUUUGAAAGUACAUAAUACACUGGCUCCAGCGAUUUGGAAGGCGUAUAAUUCCAUCGUAACAGCAGAUUAUGCUGGAACUUACACCUCACCCAACGGCAUUGCUCGCAUUGUCUUCGAGAAUGGGUUUUUAACUCUCAAAGAAUUGAAAAUUGAUGGUGUGGAUGUAUUAUUAAAAGCCGACCAACUAAUAUGGCGACAGGGCGGAAGGCAGGUUAGUAUCUUUGGGAAUGGUGCUGGAUUAAUCGGGACGGGGUUCGCAGGGAAAUUUAGGGCUACGGCGUUGUUCUCGUGUAUCUGGUCUGCAUUUGAUAUUGUUACGACGAAGAGCGGCUGGGGACUGGACCUCAUCGUUUUCAAAAAGGUCAACGGCAAAAUGACAUUGUUCUACGAACCCAUGAAGGGCAAGCUCGUGAAGCAGUAG